CGUCACUUGAUAUUGUGAUUUUGUAUUGUUUUGCAGGUGUAUAAGAUUAUGGAUUAAUUGAAAGAAAAUGAAAAUCUAAAUGUAAAUUGUGAUAUCAAAGGUGCAUAUAUCUUUCUUUGAUAAUGUGUCCAAUUGACACAAUACAAUAUUCAACAAUUUUCAAGCCAAAGUUUCAUAAUGACGAAUCCUGCAUUAAAUGUUUUAUUAACCGGAGAUCCAGAAGUAACCACAGACAAUGAUAAAGUUAUCAAUUUGAUUGAGGAAAAUCUUUUCAAAUUACAUUGUUUAAUUAAAGCAAAUGAAAUUAAUCUUUGCACAAGACAUGAAUAUCAGGGAAAAGAAUUACUUGCAUUCACAACUGGAAAAGUGAAUUUAUGUCUCUAUUAUCUUUUUGAUGUUUCUCUACCGCCAAUAAUAAAAUAUAUACCAUGGUUUCUUUCGCCAAGUAAAACAAUAUCGUCAAUUUGUUUUGAUCCAUCGGGAUAUUGGCUUUUGGUAGCUAGUCAGGAUGGCUCACUACAUAUAGUGGCUGCUGCCAGUUUAGUUGACUCAAAAAGAAAAACUAAUCAACAAAAAUGGAAAGAUGCAGAUGACAUUAUAUCCCUGACAUCGUUAAAUUCACAAUCGUGUUGUUCUAGACCAAGUUCAUUGAUAUGGUGGCAAUGUAUGUCAACAUCUUGUCAAACUGGUAUCAUUGGAACAGAACAAGGAGAAAUAUUGUUCAUUGAUUUAGAUACAGGACAACAAAUCGGUUUAACACGAAUUGAUGGUUAUAUUUCGAAUUUUCAAAUUUGCCAGGACACUGAAUUGGAUACGAUUAAUCUCAUUAUAACUAGUCAAUCAAAAAAACAAUGGUUUCUUAUUUUGGAGCAACCUGCCAAGGGUUAUAUUUACACACAGAGCAAUGGUUCAAGUUCUACUUCAGCAGAGGACAAUGAAAAUUCUUUUACUUCGACUAUAAAAAAAUGGCAAAGUAAAUCUCGACUCAAGGGAUUGAAGCAGCUUUCUUUUGAUAAUUUUAGUAUUCUUAGAAAAAAAACAACAAAAAGUAAAUAUGGCAGUUCUCCUUUAGCGUCAGCGACAAUCAGUGGUAAUUAUUCUCAAUGUAAUGGUUCAGAAAAUUCGAUGAAUCCUUUACCAGCGAUUAGUCCUGCAUUUUUGACUUUACAUUAUGUUGAUCAUGGACGUCGUUUAUACAGUCGAUAUUUUUCACCUAAAAAUCUUUUAACAAUUCAUGAAAAUAGUACAUCUUUACUUCCAUUGUGUGCAUAUAAAUUACCUGAUUACAGUAAAGACAUAAUAUUAACACAACAUUUAUUUUACGUUAUUGAUCGACUUUCAUCUAGAUUAUUAAUAAUAUCACGCUCUCUGUCUCAAGACAAAUUAAAUGGAAAUUCUCAAUUUAAUCGAGAAUCCAUAAUUGCUCAAUUUUCAUUUGGAAAACGAAAUGAAGUUAUAAAUGGACUGUUUGUUGCUAAUAGUUGUGAUAAAAAUAUCCAAGAAAAUUCUUUUCACAAUAACGAAGAAAUAUACACAAUUACAAAAGUUAUUAAAGAUCUUAAAAUUAAACUUGUUCCUGUAAAUUCAUGUAUUAUUGUUACAAAUUGUGGAAUUUAUCGUGUCACUCUAAGGUGUAGUUUGUUAUCAAUUUUUAUGGAUUUAAUUAUCAGUCGAGCGGAGUUGGAUAAAGCGAGAAGAUUGGCUAAAAUAUUUGGCUUACACGUUCGACAAUUACUGGAAUAUGCUGGUGAUAUUCUUUUGGCGAAUGAUAAAUUUUAUCAAGCCACUACUAUGUUUAAAGAAGCAAAGUGUCGACCUUCGAAGAUAUUUGCAAAACUCGCAUCAGUGGGAUGCACGUCAGAACUUUUAAAUUGUCUCGUUCAUUGUCUGGAAAAUCUUUCGCAAUACAAACUGUCGAUUGCAGAAAGAAUGUCCUUGUCAAAUUUAAGUAUAAUAGCAUUCACAGAAUUAUCCGUGAGGGCUACAUCUCCAAGGGAGCAGAAUAUUCACAAAAAAUUCACUGAGUUUUUAUCGACAAAUGUGUUUUACGAUGAACUUGUGGCAGUCAGUAUAAUUGGUCAAGCGCACCUAUGGAAUAUUUUACAUCAUUUAGUAAUUAAAAGAGGCCUUUUUGCUCAAGUAUUAGAUAUACUUAUGAAGACUUUACCUUUGUUUUUUAACUUUAAAAAUUCACAUCUUAACACUAAUAAUGAUUUACUAGUUACCAUAAGUGAACCAAUUUUAAUUCGUGGAAUGAUAGGAAAUCUCAGUAUUGCUAAAAGUCACAUGUCAUUCGUUCUUGCAAAUCUUUCUUCUCUACAAGUGUUUGUCCUGCAGAGGUUAAUUUUGUUAUACGAUCCAACAAAUCCUGUUCUGAGGCCUUUAAUGGCUCAAUGUAAAUCGAGAAAAAGAAGUGAUUCCCGAAAUUCACUCACUAAUUCAUUAGAAGCAUUAGACGUUCAGGAAGAAAUGUUUAAUUUAUCGGAGAAAAUAGUGGAAAUGUUUUUAAUGAUUUUACUUGCACUUAUUCAAAAAACAACACCUGUUUUUAAUCAUAAUUCAGAUUUGAUGAAAAUGAUCUCCCUAUCGAGAGUAAAACAGAAUUACAAAGAAGCGUCGAAUUUACAAUAUAAACGAAGAUUUAUAAGUGCUGGUUUUUCGCAUGUCGCUCUCCUCAGGAAUAAAAUCAUCUACAAUUGGGGUAGUACAAUCACUGGAUGUUUCGGUAUAGGUCCAGUGACGGGAUCAGUGUACGAAACACCCCAAGAAAUAAUAAUAUUCCGCCGAAUGGGAAUUGAAGUGAUUAGCGUGUCAAGUGGACAUUGUCACAUAUUGGCAUUGACAAAUAAUGGAAUUUAUGCAUGGGGUGGAAAUCAAUAUGGACAAGUUGGUUUAGAAUAUCUCUCACAAUGUCCCAGUCCACAAUUAAUUUCAUCCCUAUCAAACGAGACAAUUGUUGACGCUGUGGCAGGUCAAUAUCAUUCGGUUGCCUUGACAUCCGAUGGACGUGUUUUCACCUGGGGCUGGGGAGUUCAUGGUCAAUUGGGUCAUGGUACAAUUGAAAAUUUCUUCAUUCCAACUGUGAUUCAAUCAUUAAUUGGUAUUUCAAUAAAAUAUAUAACGGCUGGACACGCACAUACAAUGAUAUUGUCGUCAGAAAAUAUUGUUUAUGUUUUUGGUUGUAACAAUGUUGGACAAUUGGGAACUGCAAAUACAAAAAAAUAUUUAAUUCCCACUGUUGUUCAAUUAUUAUCGGAAAAAAUAUCAUUGAUUGCAACUAAAUAUUUUCAUAAUCUCGCUGUCACAAGUACAAAUAAAUUGUACAUAUGGGGUAUAAGUCCGCGAGAAUUGCAAAUGCAAAAGUUACGUGUAUGCGAUUUUGAGUCAAUGGAUAAGAAACAAAAUUGUUUGUCACCAUCUUCAUCAGUUAAUGAUGAUCAAAAAAAUUCAGAUGAACAAAAUUUGGCACAAAAUUGCACAAGUCAACGAAUUUCUGAUAUAUCACUUUGUAAUGGAGAUUCACACAAAAAUAAGGAUUGUAAAACAUUUAUAGAAAAUCAUUUUUCUACUUCAAAUCAAAAUGAGACGAAAAAUAGUGAAAAAAUAUCAAAAGAAGAAGAACAGAGCAAAAGUUUUAAAAAUUCUAAAUUGUCUCGAUCUUAUUGGAUGCCAACAUUGGUUGAUACGAGUUUGGUUAAAGGAAAAAUUGUCCAGGUAUCAACCGGUUGGAAUCAUUCGGCAUUGAUAACAAAAGAUGGAACAGUUUACAUUUGGGGUAAAAAUUCAAAUGGACAAUUGGGUAACAAUAAUCGAUGUGAUGUUUUUAGACCCACUCCAUUAAUUUACAAUCCAGUUUUAUCGUUUUCUCAAGUUCCCUCAAAAAGCGCUGGACGCCAUUCAAAUGACGAUGAGAAUGGUUUAGUUAAAAAUGGCACAACCACAAAUCGUCGGGGGAACAGUGUAAAGGAAAAUUGUGACAAUGAUGACAAGGACAUUGACAAUAAACGAAGUGAAAUUAAUGAUGAAAAUGAUGAGGAUUUUGUUGAUAAUGUUGUUAAUAAUAAUAAUGAUCAUGAUGACGAGGAUGAUGAUAAUGAAAGUGCUUCCGAUAAUGAUGACGAUGAAAUUAGAGAUAGUUCAAAUUACCACAACGAUUUUAAUGAAAAAGAUAUUGAUGAUUUUGAAAAUUGUAUAAAUUCAAAUAAUUCAGUUAUGAAAGCCGUUGAAAUUUCGUGUGGAAAUAAUUAUACUGUUGCAGUACAACAAGGAGGAGCUAUUUUAGUUUGGGGUAGAAUAGGAAUUUCUCCCUCGAAACCACCAAAUCUGGUCCAAAGAAAACGAUCAGAUAAACAAAACUGUGAUAAUGUUGAAGAGACUUCAGUAACACUUAAAUAUUUAUUUAAUACGUUUGGAUCGCAAAAAAAUGAAGGUGUCGUAUAUAUAAGUAAUCCUAGUCAAGUACCUAACAUUCCAGCACCAAUUAUUUCUUAUCAAAGUUAUGAUAUUGUUCCACUCGUUGGAUUUAUGCCGACACUUGAUUUAGUUGAAGAAAUUCCCGGUGAACGAAUUCUUCAUUUUACAUUGGAGCAAUUUAUUGGAUUUUACGAUGUACAUAAAAUUAUGAAAAAGUGCAUUGCUUUGGGUAAUCAUCAAGCUUGCGCAAAAUUGUCAUUGUUAGAACACAAUUUCUCUGAGUCAUUGAUGUAUCAAUUGAAAUCGGUGAUGAAUUUAGAAUUGGAGAAUGAAAUCAAAGGAGCGAAUAAUAUUGGAGAAUUGUCAAGUGAUGAAAAACAAUUUGAUUUAAAGGAAACGAAAACAAUAAUUGAAGAUGUUAAAGAAGUGGGAAAAGUGGAAAUUAAAGAUGAAAAAACAAAAUUCGAUUUUGAUGAUCAAAAUGAAGAAAAUCAAUUUAUGGCGAAAUCAUCGACACUCGAUAAUUUAAAUUACAAAUCUUUAUCGUUAUUCAAUGAACAAGUUCAAAAUGAUCUUGUCAAUAGUUUCGAGGAAAGUGUCAAUAAAUCACGAAUUAAAAUGCCAACAAGUAAAUCGAUGGAUACACUUUCUUCGAUGGAAAAUGAAUUGUUUACUUUUAAUUGUCAAGGUGGAUCGGAGGAAAUGUACGGUCGAGCUGAGGAAGAAAAUAUAUCAGAACACAUGACAAUGACAAAUAGCGUCACUAUUGAUGAUGAAUUAGCGAGUGAUAAUUCUUCCAUGAGAAUGAAAAUCGAUGAUUUCAUUUCUGAUUAUAGUGAAACGAGUGGCAUAAAAAAAGCAAUGAAUAUCGUUGAAUUUUACAUUAAAGAAACUGAAAAUUUCAAUCACGCAAUUGUUCGUGAUGUUUUAUUGAAAGCUAUUAAUAUCUGGCUUGAUCUACGUCUUCCUCUUCAAUAUCUUGAACAAGUCUUCCUCCAUAAUUUAGAAAAAGUAUUUUAUCCAUUGGGAUUGAUUCUUUUUUGCAAAAAUAAUGUAACUGAAGGUGCAAAUAACGAUGAGAAAAGUGUGACAAAUGCAAUUAAUUCAUUGUCAACAAAAUUAACAUUAAAUAUUUGUUCUACACUCUUGCAAUAUAUUAAUGAAGGAAAAUCAACUCCAGAGUAUGUAGAACUUCUUUCUCAAUUAAUUGCUAAAUAUUUUGGACCACCAUUAACGGGUUAUCCUGGAUCAAGUGGGAAUCACACAAUGGAACAAAUGUUAGAAGGAAUGAAAUCUACGUUAUCUUCGAAACAAAGCGAUCCCAGACCUUUUAUACACAUUAAGGAUCCUGAAAAAGUGUCUCGAUUAUUAGAAAUAAAAAAAGAUACAAUGGUUUUUACAUGUGGGCAUUAUUAUCCAAUUUCAUCGUCGGAAUUUCUGCCACGUUUGGAAACAGAAUUAUUAGUUUCUCAUCUUCCUUGUACCGCGGAAGUUUUGGGACGUGUAUUUCAACAAAAAGGACAGUUGGAAACCCUUUGUCCUCAGUGUAUACCUCGUGCUCUUCAGACAGUCAUUAAUAACUCAACUAAUAGAUAAGAAAUUAACUUGUGCUCCUUUCCACUAAAAUAUUACACCAAAUAAUUUGGACUUCCAAAGGUUUUUAUUACAUGACAUUAUUUAUUAAUCAAGUAUUACAUUAAACAUCAGACUACUAUAUUUAUAUAGUUUAUAUUUCAUAUAUACCAAAAGUUGUGUUUUAAUCAAAUUUUCAUAUAUAUAUAUUAAUAUAUAAUCUGACGUCAUACAAAAUGUAAAAUAUAGUCAUUUAUUGUAAUUUCGAUGAUUUUACUGAAUUAUCAAAACCGAAUUUAUAUUUUACAGUUUCUUAGGAAAAAAAAAUAUAUAUUACAUUUUUAAAUAUAAUUCAAUAAUAGAAUUAAUUUAAAAUAAUUGAAUACUAAUUAUAUAUUUUAGAAUUGGAUAUAUGGAUUUAAAGAUACGUACAUCGUUAAAAAAUAUCGUGAUUAUUUUAUUCUAAAUAUUUUGACUGAAUAAUACAAAAUUUUACAUACAUUUUACAUGGAAAUAUGCGCACAUACAUUUUCGAAGGCCUAAUUAGUAUUGAUAUUAAAUAUUCAACACUUUUUUUUUUAUAAUUACAACUAACAGUGUAGGUUACAUAGGCCUUGAACUAUAUUUUCGAGCAAAUGUUAUUUUUUAUUUUACGCAAAAAGAGAAAUUUUUUUUGUUUCAAAGAUUUGUUUUCUUUGUACAAAAACAAUUUUAUAUUUAUCUGGUUUGAGCGUCUCCGACCUCCUUCCUUUUUUUUAUCUAUUAACUAAUUUAGUAACAUGCACACUUUUUAAAAAAGUUAUAUAUAUGUACAAAUUGAUUGGCUUGGCUAGAAAUUAAAACAACAUAUGGUAAAAUUUUAAUACUAAUCAUUACUAGAUUGAUUUUUUUUUGUGAAUGAUAGCGUAAACAAUGCUUAUUUUACAAUUUAUUGAGUUAUUAAAAAUGAAAUAUGUUUAAGCGUGAAUGAAAUGGAAGAAAAGUUUAUAUUUUUUUUAAUACAUACAAAAGGAAUUAGAAUUUUUCUGAAAAAUUCAUUCACAAGAAUUUUUAAUGUUAAACAAACAUUUUAUAACGCCAUAAAACAACAAAAUGAAAAUAACAUGUGCAUUCUAGAACUAAAUAUAACAAGAAAUAUUGUUUGGAACAGUUCAACAAUAGAAUUAUCAAAAAAGGGAGAAAUAAAAACA